AUGAAUGCCCCGUUCAACGAAGACACCAGUCUUUUCAACGUCACGAACCACCUGAAGCGGCUGUUCAUGAUCGUGGAUUUGUUUUACCUGGAGUAUGACCGACAUGACUCCUUACAUUCUGUCACCGACUGCCAAAAUCUGAGCUACACGUAUUUCCUCAAAGCGCUCCCGGGAAUCAAGGCCGGGAUGGACAUUUUCUUCACAGCUUACUCGGAUAGACUCAAAGCUUUUCAUAUCAUCAACGCUUCGCCGGGUUUAGAGAAAGUUUUCAACGGGUUCAAAAGUUUCCUGCCGGCCAAGAUCGCCGAUAGGUUUUUCGUCCACUCCUCGAUUGAUGAGCUGAUUCAGAUUUUGGGCGAAGAUGCGACUUGCACGGAUUUUGGCGGGAAGGGCCCCUCUUACUCUGAAUGUGACGAAUACACCACGAAGUUGAUAGAGAAACAUCGUAAAUGGUUUUUGGAACAGGAUGACAUUACCGUAAACGAUCAAUUACGGCGAAAGACGAACAACCAUGUCGAAGAAAUGAAAGGGUCCUUUCGGAAAAUAGAAGUUGACUAA